UUCACUUGCAGUCUCACAGUUAAUUCCUAGAAAAGGCGAGCUCCACUAUGCAAUUUUUAAACGACGUCGUCCUGUGCAACAGUUCAAGUCCUCCUUUGCAAGAAAGCUUAGAGUAAUUUCCCACUGUAUAGAUUAUUAAUAGUCAAACCACGACCUGAAACACAUUGAAGAGAAAAUGGGAAAGAAGAGAAGGAUCAAGAAGAAUAAUGAGAAGAAACAGCGGCAGGAUCCAGAUGAUAACCGAAGAAAAAGUUCAAGGGAUUUGAAUAUAGAUGAUUUUAUCAGUACUUUGCAUAAUGAUAUUCUUCACCAAAUUAUUCCCUUACUCCAUAAAUCGAAGCAUCAAGAGAAAGAGCAUAAUCCUGAUAAUAUCACCAGGAACACUGCCAAUAAUAUGGAUCCUAAUGAUUUCUUCAGUCGUUUGCCUAACGACAUCCUUUACCAUAUCAUUUCCUUGCUCCCUUUUGAAUCCGCUGUACGAACCACGUUUCUUUCUACUUACUGGAAAGAUCUCUGGAAAGGGGCUUUGUUGACUUCGGUUCGUGGUGUAACAAUUGAAGAUGCUAUUACUGCUAUAUCGAGCUUUCUUCAUGAUUUUAUUGUACACCAUAUACCAAGAAAUAACUGGGGGUUCAGAUUCGAGUUUGGCCAUGGUAUAGUCGUUUUAGGUGCUAUUGCGCCUAAUAAUACACUUUCGCUUGAUUUCUCUGCUGGUAAACAAGAAUAUGCAAGGCCAUUUGAUUGGUUGUUGAAGCUGAAUCUUUCAUCGAAUCACCCAUUGCAUACCCAACAACCAUCUUUUAAUGAAAUCAAAGUAAAAUCUUUGUACCUAGUAUCAGUAAGCUAUCCUUAUAUUGAGGCAGUUUCUUCUAUGGUGUCGAAUUUCCCUUUUCUCCAAAGUUUGACUGUCGCCAAAUGCAAUGGAUUACGAUCUUUACAAAUAAAAGAGGCUAGAAGGCUUCACAAGUUAGUUGUCUUGGACUGCCCCCAAUUAGAAUCUCUCAGUUUUGAGGCUUCCUCUUUAACGUCUUUGCAUUAUCGAGGCAGAUUAGUACCUUAUGAGUUUAAAGCCCCUAAUAAUUAUCGUCCUUUAUUGCGCUUGCGGUCUGGUCUGUCUGCCCUCAAAAUCUCUCUUUAUGAUGCCAUGCUUGAUUUCAGACAAGGCCCUCCUAUCUACAAUAGCAUCAAUUGUGAUAGCCUCAAGUCAAUCCUUGACAGCAUUAAAGGUGUUGAAUCUCUAACAUUUUGUAGAUGGGUUUUUGAGCCAUUAAUCUCCUACAUGCUACCAUCUUUAGGUAGAGACUCUGGCUUUUGUCUCUACAGGCUGAGAGAGCUGUGGUGGCUUGAUUGUUCAAUGGAGAGAGACAAUGUUAAUGCCCUACUCUGCUUUCUUAAACUCUGUCCUGGUCUGGAAAGGAUUUAUGUCACUAUUGAUCCUGAAAGCUAUAACAUGAGAAGCACAAAAAAGUUACCAGCUAAAGUCAAUAGACUGGAAAAACUUGAAGAUCUUGAGCUCCUGAAAUUAGAAGGAUUUGCAAAUGAGAGCAAGGAGAUUUUCUUUGCAAAGAGGCUUAGACCUUUAUUCAGACUGAGACCAGUGAUCCUAGCCAAGUCUAAGGGGGCUUGUUUGCGGCGUCUGGUUAAAGUACCUGAGUUGGAAAAAGAAGGGAAGUAUCCAUACAAGUUCAAAGAGGUUAAAAAUUUUCAUGAAACAUAUCCUGAUCAUCUUCAUAUGAAGCUCUAACCGUCUCAUGAUUGGUGAAACAGAUGAAGGAAGGGAAGAUUUCAUUUGAGUUUGAAGAAUGCAUUAGUGACAAUUCGUAUAAACAUAAACAUGUUCAUAUGCGUCUCUAGACAAUCAAUUUAGAUGCCAUGAAGCUUCUUCGUUAAAUUUUUGGAUGGUAUGAAUCCCGUUUUAACAACAUUUUCUCUUCAAAUAUACUGCUUAUAGUCACUGUUGGCUUGAAUAUAGCAAUCAUGAACUAUGCUAGUCAGUUCAAAAUUACUAAAAUAAAAUAAAAUAAAAUAAAAAUUGAAACUAAAUGACAAUUAACAAUGAGUAUUUAUUUAUAUAUUAAGAGUUUUUUUGGAUGGACAUUAAGAAUGAUGUCAUGAGAGUAAAAACAUAGAUAGCAGCAAGAUUAUUUAUUAAAAUGGUAAAAUUGGAGUUGCAGCAAUGAGAUUAAAAUUAAUUGUGAAAUAUGCAUUUAGACAAGAAAAUAAUAGUGAUUACAUUGAAAA